AUGGAUACUAAUGUGUACAUGAGCGAGAUGAUGAGCCGUCAUGAUGAUGAAGCUACAAGGACAUCACCUUCCGAAGGGCUGGAAGAAGGAGAAGUGGAAGGAGAAACUCUUCUCAUAGUAGAGUCUGAAGAUCAGGCAUCCGUGGAUUUGAGCCAUGAUCAGAGUGGGGACUCUAUAAAUAGUGAUGAAGGGGACACAUCCUGGACAGAAGAGAUGUCCUAUUACUGUGAAAGAUGUCAGAAAUGGAUACCGGCAAAUCAGGUGAGAGAACAGAUCACCUACCUCAAAGGUGAUAAUUUUUUCAGAUUUACUUGCUCUGAUUGCUCAGAAGAUGGGAAGGAACAGUUUGAACGGCUGAGGCUAACUUGGCAGCAGGUUGUUAUGCUGGCAAUGUACAAUCUAUCCCUGGAAGGAACUGGCCGCCAAGGCUACUUCAGGUGGAAGGAAGACAUUUGUGCUUUCAUUGAAAAACACUGGAAUUUUCUACUAGGAAACCGAAAGAAGACUUCUACUUGGUGGAGCACUGUUGCUGGUUGUCUUUCUGUGGGGAGCCCUUUAUAUUUUCGUUCAGGGGCUCAAGAGUUUGGGGAACCAGGAUGGUGGAAACUUGUCCACAAUAGGCCCCCUACAAUGAAGCCGGAAGGAGAGAAGCUUUCUGCAUCUGCCCUAAAAACAAAAGGUUCAAAACCAUCAUUAGACCCUAUCAUUACAGUGGAGGGACUUAGAAAGAGAGUGAGCCGCAAUCCAGUAGAAUCUGCCAUGGAGCUGAAGGAGAAGAGAUCUCGCACUCAGGAAGCCAAGGACAUCAGGAGAGCUCAGAAGGAGGCAGCUGCCUUCCUGGACAGAAGCACAUCCUCCACGCCAGUCAAAUUCAUCAGUCGAAGCCGGCGUCCUGACAUUAUACUUGAGAAGGGGGAAGUGGUUGACUUUUCUUCCCUGAGCUCCUCUGAUCGAACCCCUUUGACAAGCCCAUCUCCAUCUCCUUCUCCAGAUUUCUCUGCUCCCGGAACACCAGCUUCUCACUCAGCUACACCGAGCCUGCUCUCAGAAGCAGACCUUAUUCCAGAUAUAAUGCCACCCCAGGCCCUGUUUCAUGAUGAUGAAGAAAUGGAAGGUGAUAGUGUUAUAGAUCCGGGAAUAGAGUAUAUCCCACCCCCGAGUGGGCCAGUGGGAAUGAUCCGAAAGAAGGUGAAGACACCAGAGCAGAUUAAGCAGGAGAUGGAGAGCGAGGAAGAAAAAGCAGAGAGACUUGAACGUGACACUGAAAACUCUGAUCAUACUCGCACAUCCCUUCAGGAGCAGGGUCGAGACAAAAGGAGGAUGCAGUUGGAACAUAAGAAUGCUAAGUUCGGCAUGCCCAAGUAUGCACCUGUUAGCAUCUAUGAAGAAAAGCUUCUCUUGAGGAACUUGGAGGGCUGCCCAAAUGCUGCAGCCAUGACCCCCGAAGCUCAGAGACUGCGGCGCAAGUUGAUAAUCCGGCAGGCCAAGCGCGAGAGAGGGCUGCCCCUCUUCGACUUGGACAGUAUUGUGAAUGCAGCUCUUCUCCUGGUUGAUCGGAUUUAUGGACCCAAGGAAGGAACUGCUCCCUGUCCCCCAGCAAAUUAUGCAAUGUACAGAACUACCAGCCAGGAUUUCAGAAUCUUGGAUCGAUACCAGACUAAGCUGUCUGCUGUGAAGGGGUUUCGACAAAUGCCAACAAAAUUUCUGUUCCGACUUGUAGGCUCAGAAGAUGCUUUGACUGACCACAGCAUUAUCAGUCCCUACACUUCCCGUGUUUUGAAACCCUACAUCAGGCGUGAUUAUGAAACCAAGCCUCCAAAACUAAGGUUGCUGAACGAGAUCCGAGCCCAUUCACACAAGAAUGAUCCCAGCUGGACUGCUGAGCCAGAGGCACCAAUUGAUUAUUGCUAUGUGCGCCCUAAUCACAUUCCCACUAUUAACUCAAUGUGCCAUGAGUUCUUUUGGCCAGGAAUCGACCUCUCAGAAUGCUUGCAGUAUCCAGACUUCAGUGUUGUUGUCCUUUACAAAAAGGUCAUUGUUGCGUUUGGUUUUAUGGUACCAGAUGUUAAAUACAAUGAAGCAUACAUCUCUUUUCUGUUUGUUCACCCUGAAUGGAGAAGAUCAGGAAUUGCAACCUUCAUGAUCUAUCAUCUUAUUCAGACUUGUAUGGGCAAAGAUGUAACCCUUCAUGUAUCUGCAAGUAAUUCUGCAAUGCUGCUGUACCAAAAGUUUGGAUUUAAAACUGAGGAGUACAUUUUAGAUUUCUAUGACAAAUACUACGCUUUGGACAGUAAGGAAUGCAAACAUGCAUUCUUUCUGAGGUUGCGGCGAUGAUACUGCAAGGGAAAUCUGGUCACUACAAUAAAAUACGGUUUAGCGCUCUUA